CCCCCAGUCACUGGAGUUGGGCUCGGAGCUCCGGGAAGCACCGGUCCCCUUCGUGACAACCACAGCCGCCUUUCGAGCAAACUUUUCCCCGGACUCUCGGUCGUGUCGGAGGGACGGAGAGGGCGCCUUUUCCGCGCUGUCCAUGCCCGGGAGAGGCGAAGGGAAGACGACAGCGCCGGUGUCCCUGACUGUCCCUCAGGAUGAGCGAGGCAGAGAAUCAGUUCUACAGUGUUCAGGUGGGGGACUCCACCUUUACUGUACUCACCCGGUACCAGCAGCUCCGCGCCAUCGGUUCUGGGGCCCAGGGCAUCGUUUGCUCUGCCUUGGAUACAGUCCUCGGCAUUCCGGUGGCGGUGAAAAAGCUGUGUCGGCCCUUCCAGAACCAGACUCAUGCUAAACGUGCAUACAGGGAGCUUGUUCUGCUCAAAUGUGUCAAUCAUAAAAAUAUCAUCCGUCUGAUCAAUGUCUUCACGCCUCAGAAGUCACUGGAGGAAUUUCAGGAUCUGUAUCUGGUAAUGGAGCUGAUGGAUGCCAGCCUCUGCCAGGUCAUCCACAUGGAUUUGGAUCACGAGAGAAUGUCUUACCUGCUCUACCAGAUCCUCUGUGGCAUCAGGCACCUGCACUCCGCCGGCAUCAUCCACAGGGAUUUAAAGCCCAGCAACAUUGUCGUGAAAUCGGAUUGCACCCUAAAGAUAUUGGACUUUGGUCUGGCGAGGACGGCAUGCACCAACUUUAUGAUGACACCGUAUGUGGUCACCAGAUACUACCGAGCACCGGAAGUCAUUCUGGGGAUGAAGUAUAAGGAGAACGUGGACAUCUGGUCCGUGGGCUGCAUCAUGGGAGAGAUGGUAAAAGGCAGCGUUAUCUUCCAAGGCACUGACCACAUCGACCAGUGGAACAAAGUCAUUGAGGUUCUGGGCACGCCCAGUCUGGAGUUUAUGAACCGCCUGAUGGAGACCGUGAGGAACUACGUGAUGAACAAGCCGCAAUAUCCAGGAGUCAGCUUUGCAGAGCUUUUCCCUGACUGGGCCUUUCCUUCGGAUUCCGAACACGACAAGUUAAAAACAGGUCAAGCACGGGACUUGCUGUCCAAAAUGCUGGUCAUCGACCCCGAGUGCCGCAUUUCCGUGGAGGAAGCUCUCAAUCAUCCCUACAUUCACGUGUGGUACGACCCGACCGAGGCCGAUGCGCCUCCGCCCCAGAUAUCUGAUAAGCAGCUCGAAGAGAGAGAGCACAGCAUUGAACAGUGGAAAGAGCUCAUUUAUGAGGAGGUGAUAGACUGGGAAGAGAGGAACAAGAACGGCGUGAUGAAAGAGGACUGCUCUGAUGUGGUGUCCAGCUCGGCGUCGCAGUCGUCAUCGGCGAAUGACAUCUCAUCGAUGUCCACAGAGCACACGGUGGCGUCGGACACGGACAGCAGCAGCAUCGACACGCUGACAGGGCCGUUGGACGAGAGUCAGUGAACGCAAUCUGUGUCUUCCUUGUCAUAUUCAUAUCAUAUUUUUUUCUUUUUAAUCUUAUCACGUUUUUCGUUUUUCUUAUAAAAGUGGAUCUUCUUGAUGUUCCCCUUCACCCCUAAAGCUAGUUUUGGAACGCGGCUUAGAGAUAAACAUGGUGGAUGAUGCAUGUGUUGAUUGAAUAGGAGCACCUCUGAUGGUGGGGGGGCGGGGCGGUUUGUUUUAUAUAGUUGUAUUUUUGAAUAGUUUUAUUUUUGUAGCCAGUUGAAACAAAACGUUUACGGCCAUCAACGUUACGAAGAAGUUCACCAAAUAGAAACCACAGCUGCUUGCAUGCAUGUCCAAAAUGUCGAAAUGAACAAAAGCUUAAACGUGGAUGUUAAAAUGGCCGUCAUCGGGUUCGAUCUCUUAAAGCUAUAGAGCAGUGAUUUUCAACCACUGUGCCGCGGCACACUUUUUAUAAUUAACAUUUAUUAGUCAUCAUUUGCAUAGGCUCCAGCACCCCCCGCGACUCUUGUGAGGAUAAGCAGUACAAAAUGAAUGAAUGAAUGAGUUCUCCUCCUAUUUUGUGUGGAAGUGGUAACUUUUUGGCUUCUUAUUUUGUCUUUCCCCACCCUCGGCCAUCUCUGUGUGGAGUUUGCAUGUUCUCCCCGUGCAUGCGCGGGUUUUUUUUCUGGGUACUCUACACUCUACACCACCUCCCACAUUCCAAAAAACAUGCUAGGUUAAUUAGCGACUCCAAAUUGUCCAUAGGUAUGAAUGUGAGUGUGAAUGGUUGUUUGUCUAUAUGUGCCCUGUGAUUGGCUGGGUAUACCCCGCCUGCCUCUUGCCUCGAAGACAGCUGGGAUAGGCUCCAGCACCUCCCGCGACCCUAGUGAGGAUAAGCGGUAGAAAAUGAAUGAGUUCUCCUCCUAUUUUGUGUGGAAGUGGUAACUUUUUGGCUUCUUAUUUUGUCUUUCCCCACCCUCGGCCAUCUCCCAGUGUUCUCCCAGUGCAUGCGUGGGUUUUCUCCGGGUACUCCGGUUUCCUCCCACAUUCCAAAAACAUGCUAGGUUAAUUAGCGACUCCAAAUUGUCCAUAGGUAUGAAUGUAGACAUGAGAUUGGAAUAUUCCUUUCUAUGGAUACCAUUGUUUUCCCGAAAGGUCAUUCGGAAAGAGAAAAACUCGUCAUGUUACUGUGGAGUGUCUGUGGCGUACAGACUAGCAUAGCAAUGUAAUAUUGGUCCGUGUGGCAACACCUGCCUUGUUCCUCUGAUAGACUUUUUAAUGCACGUGUGAGGUCGUGGUGACAUUUUGUAACAUUUUUGGUUAGUUUUGGUUUUUCCAAUGUAAAAAAAAAAAACGUGCCGUGGCUCAAAAAAGGUUGAAAAUCACUACUUAUAGAUGGCGCGCUAUAUAUUUUUUAUUCUUCUGGCCUGACUUGUGGAGAUGAUUGACACCUGACAGCAUGGCCGAUGUGUGCUUGCAGUGUUUUAUUCCUCCAUAGACGUCAUGUUAGUGGAUGUAGAGAUGAUAUCAAAACACGUCGUGGUUGUAGACCCCCGUCAUUGCAGAUAGUGUUUCACAAAAACAAAUGUAUAUUAUUGCGACAUUUUACAUAAGGUACUGUACUAAUUAAUAUCAGCGUGUACAUCAAAUAAUAUUAUAUUCUGUAAAUUUAGCAGGGGAAGAAACAUGUUUUUUUUUUCUGUUCUUGCAAAAAUGUUGCACAUAUUGAGGCUUAUCUGAUCAUUUAGCCUCUUGUUAAAUAUGUAUUCUAAUCAACAAUCACGUCAUAACAAUAGCAUUCCAUAGCAUCAGCCAUGAGUCAUAAUAUCAUGUAGAACAAAAAUACUACAAAACAGUAAGUGAGGGGCGGGACUGUGGUCGAGUGGUUAGUGUGCAGCUUCACAGCUAGGAGACUAGGGUUCAAUUCCACCCUCAGCCAUGUCUGUGUGGAGUUUGCAUGUUCUCCCCGUACAGGAUAGGUGGUAGAAAAUGAAUGAAUGAAUUGAGUUCUCCUCCUAUUUUGUGUGGAAGUGGUAACUUUUUGGCUUCUUAUUUUGUCUUUCCCCACCCUCGGCCAUCUCUGUGUGGAGUUUGCAUGUUCUCCCACAUUCCAAAAACAUGCUAGGUUAAUUAGCGACUCCAAAUUAUCCAUAGGUAUGAAUGUGAGUGUGAAUGGUUGUUUGUCUAUAUGUGCCCUGUGAUUGGCUGGCCACCAGUCCAGGGUCUACCCCGCCUGCCUCUCGCCCAAAGACAGCUGGGAUAGGCUCCAGCAUAAAGUGGUAGAAAAUGAAUGAAUGAAUGAGUUCUCCUCCUAUUUUGUGUGGAAGUGGUAACUUUUUGGCUUCUUAUUUUGUCUUUCCCCACCCUCGGCCAUUUCCCAGUGUUCUCCCAGUGCAUGCGUGGGUUUUCUCCGGGUACUCCGGUUUCCUCCCACAUUCCAAAAACAUGCUAGGUUAAUUAGCGACUCCAAAUUGUCCAUAGGUAUGAAUGUGAAUGGUUGUUUGUCUAUAUGUGCCCUGUGAUUGGCGGGCCACCAGUCCAGGGUGUACCCCACCUCUUGCCUGAAGACAGCUGGGAUAGGCUCCAGCACGAAUGAGUUCUCCUCCUAUUUUGUGUGGAAGUGGUAACUUUUUCGCAUUUUUUUUGUCUUUCCCCACCCUCGGCCAUCUUUGUGUGGAGUUUGCAUGUUCUCCCCGUGAAUGCGUGGGUUUUCUCCGGGUAUUCCGGUUUCCUCCCACAUUCCAAAAAACAUGCUAGGUUAAUUAGCGACUCCAAAUUAUCCAUAGGUAUGAAUGUGAGUGUGACUUCAUGCAGAUUUAUGCCAAGCACUAAAAUUAUUAUCAUGCUUGGCAUUGAUCUGAGGAGGAAUUUUCAAUUCUGUGUACGACACAAUUUUUUUUUAAUGCAGUUUUAUUUUCAGAAACAUCUUGUGGAAUUGCAUCGAUCAUUCAUUCAGGGGGCCUGUUGUCAUGACAACUUAGUAGGGUUUGUACAAAGCAAAAGGAAGUAGUAAGUAUGUGUUUUUAUAGAUGGAUGUAAAUAGAUAUAUAUAUAUAUAUAUAUCAGUGCAGGAUGUUUAUGGAGUUUGUGAUUCCCUACUAAAUUCCCAUGAGAGCAUAUUGUAUUGCAAUUCAUGCAGUGUGUAUUUUUCAGAUCCCUUAUAAGUGUACAACAUGGAAGCCCUUCCCAAAACAGGAAAGGGAAUGUUCUGUCUGGAGAGAGAUAAAGUAUUAUACAA